CCACACAAACGGGUGAAAGCGCGAGAGCGAGCGAGGCAGGAGUAAAUGUUUACCACUGACUCUGUGGAAUCUAUCAGGACUCGAAACUUUAGUCAGGGUUUGCUGUAUUAAUUUUACCCGAAAAGCUUUUUUAAACGGCAGCCACUCAAAAUAAUAACAAGAAAGGAUAUAUCAGCGUCUUGAUCGACUGAAUGAAACCAUGAGGAAUAAAAAACACGGCGGUUGUCGCGCUCUAAACUAACGCGACUAUCGAUCCAGCAGAGCCAAGCUUUUGAAAACGCCGAGCCAGGUACUUCGGUGCAGAUUUUCAACGGUCGGUUUUUCCUGUGGGUUUACCUGUGCUUACGUGGCACGUCGACCUGGCGACUUAUUAUUAAAAAUUUGAGUUUUUUUAUCCACUUGUAUCGUGGCGAUGCGCUGUAUUUUCAGAGAUUUAGUAAGUUGUGUGGCCGGGACUAGUUUACUUGCGCCGGGCAGCCAAUCAGCGGAAUAACACUCACUAUUUUUGCAUUAAUUUAUCUUCUUUUGGCUAUUUCACACGAUAGCCUUUAUAAACAGCCUCGUACCGCACCCUUCAGAUAUUGACAGUGGUUUUCGAGGCGAGCUUUCACAAGGAGGAUAAGUGUCGCCGCUGUGCGUGUGUUUUUGGGGUGGUAAAAUGGAUGCGGGAAUGGAGAAGGAGUGCAGCGCUUUGGGAGGGCUCUUCCAAAUCAUCAUGAACGACAUGAAGGCGAGUUAUCCUGCCUGGGAGGACUUUGUCACCAAAGGGGCUAAGCUGCAAUCUCAGUUAAGGACAACAAUCAUCGUCACUAGCUCAUUCCUGGAUGCUUUCCAGAAAGUGGCAGACAUUGCAACUGGAACACGAGGAGCGACGAAAGAGAUCGGAUCGGCUUUGACCAGGAUGUGUAUGAGACACAGAAGCAUUGAGAACAAGCUCAAACUAUUCACCACGGCUCUCAUGGAUAACUUGAUCACUCCUCUAGAACUGAAAAUUGAAGAGUGGAAGAAGGUUGCCAGUCAGCUGGAUAAAGAUCACGCCAAAGAAUAUAAGAAAGCACGUGCAGAGAUCAAGAAGAAAUCUUCCGAUACGAUUAAACUGCAGAAGAAAGUUAAAAAAGGUAAAGGUGAGGUGCGGAUGCAGCUGGACAGCGCUCUUCAGGACGUCAACACACGCUACGCAGUUUUAGAGGAGACCGAGAAGAGAGCCGUGUGUCGAGCACUUAUCGAGGAAAGAGGAAGAUUCUGCUCAUUCGUCACAAUGCUCAAACCGUUCCUGGACGAAGAGAUUAGCAUGCUUGGUGAAGUCACCCACUUGCAGACAAUUCUAGAAGAUCUUGGCAAUCUGACGGCUGAUCCCAACACACUGCCUCCUGCUAGCGAACAGGUUAUUCUUGAUCUGAAAGGCUCCGACUACAGCUACACAUAUCAGACUCCACCCGCGUCUCCUAGCAACACGUUAUCACGCAAGAGCAGUAUCAGCAGUAACUACGCCUCUGUGCGUCAUGUCCCAUCUCUGGACUCCAUCUCCAGUGCAGUGGAUGGGCUUCAUCUGCGAGCACCAGACACCACACAGCGCUCAUGCAGUCCUCUCCUCUUGGUCGGAGGGGAGGAAGGCGCUCGCUCUCUCAGUGAGGGGAAUUCUCCCACAAUCCCUCGCACGGGCCACCGUGGCCAGCACCUGCGGCACAGGAGCACUGAGAAAGGUCAGAACUCUCCUGGCACAGAGAACGGGACCUCCAUGCCCCCACUGCACAAAGCUUACAGCGGGCAUGAGGAGAGAGCCAGGACACUGUCCACCUCGGGCAAGCCACAGUCAGCCCGGGAGCAGCUGGCUCUUACUCUUGGAGGUGGGCUUAAUUCAGAAGCUCCUCGGACCAGCCGUGAUUCCCUCCACUGCUCCAGCGGAUACAGCACACAGACGACUACACCAUCCUGCUCAGAAGACACCAUUCCCUCACAGAAUGUGGUAAAGAAAGAACCUCCUCUAUAUGACUAUGACUACAUCUCGCUGCAUGGAGGAGAGGACACCCACAGCCAGUCUGAAUUUGAUAAAUCUUCCACAAUUCCUCGCAACAGCGACUUGAGUCUCAAUUACCGCAAAAUGUUUCAAAGCAAGAGGCCGGCGUCUACCGUCAGUCUGCUGAUGGAUCCGGAGCCUAUAGGACCCCACACGGCCACCAUCCGCCGUAAACCCUCCAGCAAGCCCAACAUCCGCCGUGGGACCAUCAGUGGAGGAGUCCCUAUCCCCAUCUCCACACCACAGGUGCCACUGAAGGCAUCCGUUUCUACAGCCGGCCUGAGCGGCAGUGAGGAGACCAUGUGCCCUCCUGGAGGGAUGCAGAGUAACAGGGUUCCUGGCUCUGAUCUGGUUCACACCAGACAUAAUCUCUGUACAUCCACUCAGAGUUUGAGUGCAAUGCCACCUCCGUACUAUUCCAUGUUUCCUGGGCAGCCACCAGUGGGCGGCACAGAGCUGCUGUAUCAAAUGAGCAAGCAACAGCAGUAUGCACUGCACCAACAGCAGCAGAGGCAAUAUCAUCAUCAUCAACAACAACAACAGCUGCAACAACAAUAUAAUCAACAACAGUACAAUCACCAACAACAAUAUAACCAACCGCAGGAGCCGCAAUAUCAACAGACACAUCAGAAAGAGCUCCAGCAGAAACUCGAACGACAGCAACAUCAAAAUCAGCAGAUUCAGAACAUGUCCGCUCACAAUUCUAGCAUGCCCACUGAAAGCGGGCAGAUCAAUUCGGCCGAGCCUGGCGUGGAUCAUGUCGACGGCGUUCCUGAUCCAGGCAGCGGAGGUGACAUGUUGAGUAUGAUCCGCAGAGUCAAACUACGACGCACAAUCACCAACGAUCGUUCUGCGCCUUUAAUCACCCCCGACCAUCUCAACUGAUCUCAGCUUUAGUUUUCCUGUGCUUUGAAUUCAUCUGACUUUUUACGGUUGCCUUUUCCGUCUUUUCGUUUUGUGACUUUUGUCAUUCCCUUUAAUGUUGCGGUUUAAAUAUUAUUUGUUUUGUUUUUAAGUGGAGGCAAAACCGUUGACUAGCGUGCGACUCCUGCCACAAGAAAAGACGUUUGAUUAAAUUACUCUGUGCUAGAAGAACAAACGUUUUGCAGUGUCGUGCGAAUGUUGCCUCUAAAUAAAUUAAAGUUAAUUCUUCAGGCUGUGUGCUUUACAUGUAUACACGGAUAUAUAUGUAUUUAGAGAUCUAGAUUGAGCAUUGGAGCUUAAGAUAUAUUAAAGUUAUUUGUUUAUGUUGUAUCCGCAAGGAUAAAGCACUCAGCCUUCUGGUUAGAGAUCAAAAACUUCUGUAUAUAUAAGAGAAUUAAUUGAAAGACUGUUGUAUUAUUAUACAUUUUGUUUUCUGAAAUUAGAUAAAGCAGCACUAGGCGUCUAUUUUUGUACAGUUUAGGGUAACAGAAAACUGCACCACUGCCUUUAAUCCACCCAAUGACUGGAUGCAAAUGCAGCCAAUGAGAGAAAUGGAGGGAGGGAAGGAGCGAGGUGAUUGGGUGGAUGAACGAAGGACCAGAAUAGUGGAUAUUAUCUGUGUUGCUUUUGACUGUGAGAGCUUACGAAGGCAUCACUGUGCUUAUUUAUUCAACCUGUUUGAUUCUGAAUCAUUUUUAAUUGUUUGUUUACCAAAGCUUUGACGCUGUAGCCGUAGAUACACAUAAAACAUGCUCUCCUGGAAGAUUUGUAAUGACUUAUUUCAUAAAACCUCAAAUUUGUGACCCAUGACUUUGAGCAUUUUCUUUUUGUCUUUGAAUUAAAAAAAAAAAAAAAAAAAACUUCUUUAAACUCAUUUAUUAUUACCUGAAAAGAAAGUGAAUGGUUGCAUUAGGUUUAUAGAAUGAAUUCAUUCUGUUGCUAGAAUAUACUUUCACUUUGAAACCCUUGAUUUUUUUUUUUUUUUAAACGUUAAGUGCAUCUUAGGGCGGAGGGAGGCAGAAUAAAACUGAGAUCUGAUUUGGCUUUGUGAUAUUAUCAAAUCACAAUAGCUUUGAUUUGAAUUAAAUGAAUAUAUAGGCACUGUGUGUUUCAGUGUGAAGUGCAGCACUGUGUUCUUUUACACGUGAGCAGGCCAUGAUCCAGUGUUUUCAGUAUCUCUAAAUCUGCUCAUCUGAUCCACAUGAACUUGUAAGUUUGGGACGCUUAUAAACCUGUAUUUGGAAACACACCAUGCACCAUCCAUCUUCCCAGUCUUGUUGACCUUUGUCAACAAAAGAAAAAGCCCUGCAGUUUUGAAAAAGAGCUAAUUUGAUUCAAUUGUAUAGUUGCAUUGUAAAAAAAAAAAAAACAGUACAAUUAAUAUUUUACUGUCAUAUUUAUGUAAUUAUAACACUUUUGGCCAAAUUGAACAGCCCUUCAAACAAGCGCAGCAAAUCUGGACCUAAAAUCUGGAGAUUUUAGAUCACAAUAUAAUUUUUUACUAGAAAGAUUGCAAUGAGAAGUUAACAUCACUGACAUCUUGUUAUAAAAGCUUUCUUCUUUCGGUUUUCCUUUUUCGUUUUUCUUUUUUAACUGAAAGCCAAUGCUGGACAUUUGCUUUCAAGCUUGAAGUGCAUCAACAAUGCUUUGAAUGUGUUUAAUAUAAGGUUUUUUGAAUUGAACAUCAUUUUUAGUACCUCUAAAAUAAGCACUUCUGCGGUCUGACAGAAUCUCUUGCACCUGUACUCUCUUUGACAUCUUAUAAUGAAUCACAUCCGUCACGUGCGCUUUGAACUUUCCCUCCUGCUGUAAAAGUCAUUUCUUUAUAUCUUACUGCAUUCUCUUUUUCUUUUCUUUUUAUUACUGCCCUGUUUUUUGUAUACUUUUCAGGUUAUUCUCAAUCUAGGGUUACUUCACACCUGUCUGAGCCGUGUCUAGGAUUUCUUGACCUUCUCUUCAUCUGAAUGCUCAAUUGUUUUGUCUCUCUUCUGUAAUUUGGACGUGACCAGAGAUGUUCACUGCUGACACAAUGCUCCUCAGGCUCUUUAGCUUGCAGCUGCUGUACGGCGCUCCUAGAGUGAAAAAGAAUAUCGUUUUACUCUGAAAUUUGAGCUGACCGAGGUGUUUCUCUACUAAUCUGCAUUGUUAUUAUUGCUGCUCAGGGCAGUAAAUAAACUUGGAAGAUCA